AUGGUGUAUGAGGAUGCGGUCAACUCGGUCAAGAACGCACUAAAAUACGGGGUCUUGCCGGGGGGAGGGACCACUUUCCUUUACCUCAAGCGGUAUCGGGACGAAGUGGUGGAAGAGAUGAAGAGGGAAGGGUUGGAUGAUGAGAUAUUCGGCGCGGACAUUUUGUUCGAAGCCCUCUCGGAGCCGAUGCGGCAGAUUGCGGAGAACGCGGGGAAACACGGGAACUUCGUGGUCUCCAAGUGCUUGGACAAAGAAUUUGGUUGGGGGUUCAAUGCCGCGAGCCUCACCUACGAGAAUCUGUUGACGGCCGGAGUACUGGAUGCGGCAACCGUGACAGAAAACAGCCUGGCGAACUCAGUGAGCAUCGCCAGCUUGGUAUUGACGAGCGGGGGCAUGGUGGUGGAGGACGAGGAGGGGAUGCGGCAGUUGGAAAAGGAGCAAGCCAUGGACUACGCCAGGGCGGCGGGAGGGAUGAUGUGA